AUGAGCCAUGAGAAAUGGAGUCCACAAGAAAAUAGGAAUAUAAGCACAUCUUCCCCCAGGGUGAUCUCCCAUCAGGCAUGGCAAAAUGCUGCCAUCACCUUUUCUGGAAAGACCAGUGAUGCAGGUAAUCAGGUACGUUGUUGAACUGCUUUUUGUACCUACAAUGACCUGAAAAAUUGAAUGUACUAUGCAGGUCCAAAGAAGGGAAGUCGUUCUGUUUGUUCAUCUGACAAGACAGAAAAGCCUGCUCCUUUGACACAGAUGGACAUUCAACUUGGAGAUCGAAAUAAAGCAACCAUGCCAGAUCUAAAUGAAAGUUUAAAUCAGUACUCAGACACAGCUGAAGCAUUAGUCUCUGAUGCACCAAAGUUAGGCAAAUUCAUCACUCCUGAAGAGUCGCCAUAUAUUAAGAGAUUUAAAUAUGGUAAAUUUGCGCCCCUCAAAGGUACUAUGAAUGAAAAUAAUGGUAAUAUGAUAGCUCCCGUAGAUGAACAACGCCUACUUGACACACAUGAGUCAGAUUUAAAUGAGCCACCUUGCAAGUUCACUGUGGGAGUAUCACGGCUUUCAGAUGAAGAGAUUGUGCGCACCUUUAAAGGAAAGGGUGUUCUGAUUGAAUCACCUGUCAGCGGAAAUGGGAACUCUUUAAACGAAUGGAAACAAGAUGAAAGAACGGUAAGUAAUGAUAGGACUGUUUCAGGGGAGAAGACCCACAGUCAUGAGAGUGCUGAGAGUAGAAACAGUAAAGAGCCAUUUGCCACUGGAAAAAGAGUACGGGACUAUGGAGAGGACAUUCUUGGGGGAGUCAAGAGGAUGCGGAAGUCAAGUGAUCAAAAUGCCAAUGGGGGUAGUUCGUUUACAAACUGGAUGUCAAGUUUGAUGAAGGGAGCCUUCACAUCUGAUAACAUGAAGGUGCGGCCUUUGUCUUCUGUUCACAAACCUGGGCACAAACCUGGGACCAGUUCAAAUGAUGGUGACUACAAUGGUGCCUGCAGAAGUACGGGUUUUGGUUCGAUUUUCAGAUCGCUGUACUGCUCUGGGUUAGGAAAGCCAAUGAAGGUCAAGUCUGAAGAACUUCAUUUCAACAAUGGAACGAUAAAAAAGGACCUAGAUCAUGUAGUUCAUAAUGAUGGUGAUCAUGAUGAUGAUGCUGAGUUGUGCCGUGCAUUUCGUAUAUCAAGUAUCAAACAUGAGGAAGGCAUAUGCCAAUUUGGAGAACCUCCACAGGCUGGACCUGGUGUUUCCUCUACUAGUUCUCAUGUUCCAGAGAGGAGGAAGCUCGACAAAGAGGAAUGCUGGAAUUGGGACAAUGUGGGAGCUUCAACUUCAUCUUCUUUUAAUGGUUCUAGUUCUCCGUCCAAAAGCAAUAGGGGAAGGAAACUAGUCUGUUCUGAAGCAAUGACGUUUCCAAAGCUGUCCGUCAAAAGGAAAGCUGAUAAAUUUCCUGAAAGCUUGUGGAUUGCUAGAUUCUUACCAAGUGUUUCUGCACCUCCGCCAUAUACCUCUACAGGCAAGCAGAGUUCAACUCCCAAAGUUAAAGGUCCUAUUGAUUGUGACAUGUUUCUUAGUCGUUCUCAUGAUGAUAUUUCAUCUUCAGUUGCGGAUUGGAGAAUUUCGGAGAUUAAAGAUGCACUCCUGCCACAUGAUCAGCGACCUUCUAGUGACCAUCUUCAUGAUUAUUCCAUCAGCCCUAUAGGUUCUUUUUCAUCCAAAGGUAUUGACAGUGGUCAAAAGGAAAAAAAUAUAUCAUCACAGAUGUUUACCAGGUUGGAACCAAUAACCUCGGUUUUUGCAAAGAGAUUGGAUGCUUUCAGACAGAUCAGGAUUUCAGAAGCAUCAUGUGAUGCAACUCCUGAGAGUGUAACCUGCUUCUUUUGUGGAAAAAAUGGCCAUAGCAUGACAACAUGUUCUGAUGCGAUCAAAUCUGAACUCAACUAUCUUAUGCAAGCCACGAAUUCAAAUGAAAGGAGACAGAAAUCAUUGUGUAUAUGCAUCCUCUGUUUUCAGCAUGACCAUUGGGCAGUAGCAUGCCCAUACAAAACCCUUAGUCGUCACCAAAUUUAUAGCAAUAAUUUUUCAAUCAAUCCUGAGAAUUUUUCCAGGAAAAUUGAAGGGCAUAGAAAUGGUGCUCGUCUGUUUGAUAAUGAAGAUUUUCUUCUGAGUGACCAAGGUCAUGAUGGGGGACCCCGAUAUCUCAGUGAACAUCAAAUGCCCUAUUGGAAAAUGGAAGGGAAUAUAACUGAAGGGCAAACAAGCAGUAAUGUGGGCAUUGCUGAUGUUAGAAAGUUGAAUGCAUUAGGAUCUUAUCAAGUCAAUGAGAAGAAAGGAAAACGGAUUGCCUCUACCCCAGGAGCGACUAAUUCAGCAGUUGCACCGCUGCCUCUUGCCAUCAACAAAGAAAAUGAAGCCAUUGGGCAGCGCUGGAUUUUUGAGCGAAUAAGGAAACUUCAGUUAUCUCGUGCUGACAUAAUUAGGUAA